AUGGCCGUGUCAUCUGGUACAGUCCCUACUGUUUCACCAUCACAAAUCUUGAACGUCAGUCCAAGUUUACCUACAAAUAAAUUACUCGAUAAUCUAACAAAAAAUCAACGACUUUUGCAGUUAUUACCACAAAACUAUGAAAAACGUCAUUAUUUUACGAAUCUAUUUAAAACACUCUUGGACGAUUUCUUCUAUUCACAUGAACGACCAGAUGUGCAACUCUAUGCUGCGAUUUGUCUCGCAGAUAUUGUUCGCAUUUGGGCACCUAAUCUACCUGAUGCUCCACCUGAGAAAUUACUGAAUAUGUUUCUUUUUCUUGCUCGUCAAUUAAGCGGCUUAAAGAAAGUCGAUGAUCCAUUGUUCAGUCGACGUUAUUAUCUACUUGAAAAUUUAAGUAUGGUACAAUCAUUCAUUCCAGCAAUUAAUCUCGAAGAUAAUCGAAGUUGUCAAAUAAGUACAUUAGUGCUCAAUAAUCUCUUCAAUGCUGUACAGAAAAAUCACACGGAUCAAUUGAAAAAUUUAAUGAUUGAUAUCGUGACGGUUAUCUUGGCUGAAUACGACUUGGUACCAUUUUCAUUGUUAGAAUUAUUAUUCGCAAGAAUAAUCGAUCCGGAGAAAAAACUACGCGAGGAAUGUUAUGAAUUAGUAGAAUCAAUUAUUCGUCGCGCUGAAACAUGUUUAAAACCGGCUAUUGCUGAAUAUUUCAAAGCUGUUCUCAUCACUGAAGAUACGGAAUCGUUACAGUUACAUAAUAAAAUCUAUUAUGUAUUUGAUGAAUUAUGUCAUAUUUCGGAAGCUGUUAUUGACGAACUUAUUCCAACCAUUGAACACCGAUUAACAGUAUCGAAUGAAAAACAUCGUCGUGAUGCAGCGAAGAUCAUCGCUUAUGUGACAAGUGCACCAAAUAAUGAUUUUGCUCAAAGAUAUAAAACAUUAUGGAGCACAUUUCUUGAUCAAUUUAAGAACGGUACAUCUGAAGUGCAAUUAACUUGCAUUAAACAUUUGAAAAGUUAUUUUGUCAAUCAUCCCGAACUUCGAUCCGAUCUUGAAGACGUUAUGGUACGAUUGAGUUUAUCGAGUGAUACAAACAUUCGUUCACAACUCAUGGUGCAAAUUCGUGCAAUAACUAGCUCAAAUCUGACGGAUAUCAGUGAUAAAGUCAAGCAAAUUCUAUGUUCACGUGCACGAGAUAAAAUCUGGGAAGUUCGUAAAGAAGGAUUGGAUUAUUUGGGACAUGUCUAUAAGCAAGAAUGUGCAAAUACAAAUUGGUCUAGUGAUACUCAAAAACAACUAGCAUGGGUAGCGAACUGUAUUAUCCAUUUAUACUAUCAAAAGGCCACGCAGGAUAGGUUAUUGGCAGAACGACUUUUGACGUUCUACUUGAUACCAUGGGAUGUGGACAUGAAUGAUAAAGUGCGAGUUUUCUUGACAUUAUUUUCAAAUGUAGAUGAAAAUGCUCAACGAGCAAUUCGUGAGAUCGUGCACAGCAAAUUUUUAUUUCGUCGACAAUUGGUCAAACUCAUUGAUUUCUCCUUGCAAAUGGCUGAUCCAAAAAUAUCCAAUGAUGACAAACAACUGAUUGAAUUAAAACUUGUUAGUCUUAUACAUGUUAUUGCCAUACGUUGUCUACCAAAUCCUGAAAAGAAUGAAUCAGUUCUCAAGUCAUUUGUUGUCUAUGCGAUCAAAGCUCAUAAACAAUCUUUAACAAACAAUGACGAUUCCAGUAUAUUGUCUAUGUUCAAACAAGCACUAGCUGAUGGUGUGACAGCAAAAGAGGCUUAUAGUUUAGCAAAUGGUAUUGGACAGAUAUUGCUGGAAGAAGCAACGAAAGAGCAAAAACGCUUUCCUGGUCAUACAAAUGAGAAUCAGGCAACAAAUGAUAUGCCAGCUGUCGAAAAUCAUGCGCAUGGACAAUACACAAAAAUGUGUGGUUUGAUAAAAACAAUGUUUGAAAAGAUAUCUACACUUUUAUUCGAUCAAGAGACAGUUAGUAAAUUGCUGAAGAGCAUAUUUGAGAAAGUUUUGAAUGAGCCCGAGCAGCCAGCAGCAUACUAUGAAAAUAUCAAUCAAUUACUGAAAGUGUUCAUUCAACAUCCAUUUAUUUUCAAUUCACCGGAAUCGCUUGAACUUCUCUGUAACUUAUUGAAACAACGUGUACUCGAAUUAGCGCCCAUACUUAUUCGAACGAUCGAGGCAUGUGCACCAUUGAUUAUUUCACUGAAGAAAGCAAGCAUGAUGACACUUCUCGAUUCCGAACUUGCAUCGUAUUUAACUCUUCAUCCACCCAUAGCUAAACGUGCACUCUACUGCAUAUGCGCGCUUCAUCCAGACACAAAAGAUGAACUUCUACAGAAACUGAUCGAUGACACACAAUAUGAUCAAUUUGAUAGUGAACAAUUUACAACUCGUCUUGUAUUGCUUGGUCAUAUGGUUCAAAUUUGUCCUCAUGCACUCGCAGAUAUAGGCAAACGAAUCCUGAGUAAUUUAGCAAAGCACAUCAUCGAUCAACAACAAACAGAUGAUGAAACUAACAUGAGCACUUCGUUUCUUCAUGGAAAGUUUACAUUAUUGCCUGAUGAACCUCAUGCUGACGCAGAAAUCGGAGCAGAUACUCGUGUGAAACGUGAAUUGGUGAAAGCGACCACACGAGCAAUUUUAGGCUUACGUGAGAAUUCAGAUGGCCUAUUCCAAAUAGUUUAUAGAUUAAUACGAAACUGUAUUGAAAAUAAUCAAGAUUUUACCAAUGAAAUGAGUGAAAAUGAAAUCACCUACAUUCGUCUAUGCGGUCUAUCAUGCCUCUUAAAACUAAUCUGUAAUUCGUAUUUUUACACACGUAUAAAACCUGAAGAUUUCCUCGCCAUCAUCACUCUUCUUCGAGAUCAAUCGUCUAUCAUUCGUCAACGAACUUACCGUAAAUUAACUGAGCAUCUACGCGACCCACUGUGUCCGACUGAAUUGCUUGCACUGUUAGCAUUUGCGGCUAAAGAAUCUGAACGUGAUCAUCGGGAGCUCAUUCGUCGUUCCAUGUUACAAAUUAUCGAUACACGUCGCGAACACAUUAAACUUCAAUUAUCAUAUAAAACAGCUCAUUCAGAUCAACAUGGCGAACAAGAUUCAUCAACAACAAACGACAAACCAAUUGAUUACACUUUGUAUCCUGAAUAUUCUCUUACCUAUUUCCUCUUUUUUCUCUCCAAAUCACCAGCAUUUAUUCUCUAUGAUGAUAUGGAAAUGUUACAUACAAUGACAGAUUACAUCUUAUUUCUAUUAGAUGCUUUAUUAUUGCGUUGUGACACCACAGUCGGUUUAUUCUAUAAAGGUCUAUUACGUUCGAUAAAAUCAUCCGAAGAUGCGACUUUAUCUACCGAAAAAGAUGACAAUAAGAAACUUCAUGUUCUCGUUGAUUUAGCCUAUGUAAUUCUAUCUCAACGUGCAUCAUCACUCAUGAUUUGUCGGGCAAAUUCGAAUGUUCCAUUGCCGGAAAUGUACUUCAAAAAAGCAAAAUUCAAUCAUCUGUCCUAUCUUCCAAAAGAUUUUAAAAUCAAACUAAAACCAACUACAACGACGACGACGGCAAGUGAUACAUCGGCGCCCAAGCGCACCAUUAUCAACAAUUCCGAGGCGAAUAAUACGACAGCAUCGAGUAUAACUGUAUCAACGACGUCGCCAAAGACAGCGCGAAAGAAACGAACGAGUGAAGGUGGAAAUGAAAAUGAAGAUGAUGAUGACAAGGAACAAAAUUCACCGAAUAAACGCACAAAAACAUCGACAGUUCCCAAACAACGAAAACGAAAGUUAAGUAAUUCUCUCAUUGAAAACGAAGAUGUCAAUUCAACUACAUCAACAAUCAGCAGCAAAAAAGUACGAAAAAACACAACGAAUAUGUCCACUCGUUCUCGAGCAAAUGAAAAAUCUCAUUUACGUUCAGCAUCCAUAUCAUCCGCGUCGCCUUCCCCUCCACCUCCCACACGAAGGACAAGAAUCACUAAUCAGACAACUUCGUAUCAAAUCUGUGUCAUUUUAUCAUCAUUGGAAUUCAAUUAUUUCGAACUGUCAAUACAAUUAGACGUUAUUAAAUCAAAACAAGCAUUUCUAUUGACAAACAAUCCUCUCACUAUUAAAACUUUUCGUUCAUCAACUAUACUUGCGCACUACUACGAAGUAGUGCCAUUUGGCUCUAGUACAAGCAUGCGCGUUUUGCCUAUAAUGAACUCAACCGAAAUAAGAAGGUAUUUGAGCAGAAUGAAAUGGGUUAAUACGAUCAAAGCACUUGUUAUGAUUGAAUUGAACGUUUUUCUGAUAAAUCCGUUCAAUUACUCGGUCGAGUACAUUGAACAGCUAAUACUAGAUACAAUCUUCAUGAUGAAGUCAAAUUAUCAACAUUGA